GGAAUGUUUCCUUUUGACGCGGAGUGCCAGAACAAGUAUGGAGAUGUCUGGGGGUUGUAUGACGGACGAAGCCCUCUGCUGAUGGUGGCAGAUCCUGAGAUGAUCAAAACCAUAAUGGUGAAGGAAUGUUACAGCGUGUUUACAAAUCGCAGGGACGCGGAUGUUCCCGGACCAUUCGAGGAUGGAAUCACAGUCGUUAAGGAUGAAAGGUGGAAACGGAUUCGCAGCACCAUCUCUCCAUGUUUCACCAGCGGAAGGCUCAAAAAGGUUUUCCCCAUUGUUGCUUCCUACGCGGACCGGCUUCUCAAAAAACUGGAACAAACCAAUUUGGAUGAACCUAUCAAUGUCAAACAAUUUGUGGCUCCAUACAGUUUGGAUACCGUGGCCAGUGCAUCCUUUAGUGUGGAGAUCGACUCGAUUAACAAUCCAGAGGACCCUGUAAACAUCCACAUCCAGAAGCUUUUCAACAUCAAUUUUUGGCCAUUUCUUGUAUUAAUGGUUUUUCCUUUCGCCGCUCGUCUGUUAAAUUACUUCAAAAUUGGAAUGAUCCCCAAAGCACAGUCUGAAUUUUUCCUUAGCAUCAUCAAGAAAUUCAAAGACCAGCAUAAAGUGGGAGAAUCUACUCGACAGGACUUCCUGCAGGUGAUGGUUCAGAGUGAGAUACCAGAAACUGAGAUAAAGAAUGAACAAGAACAGCCAAGUAAAGGCUUGACUGAACCGGAGAUUGUUGCUCAGGCCUUCACCUUUAUCUUAGGUGGCUAUGAGACAACCAGCACCACUCUGUCUUUUAUUUUUUACAACCUAGCCACAAACCCUGAUGCAAUGCGCACCUUGCAGAAAGAAAUUGAUGCUAACUUGCAGAAAAAUGCCUCCGUUUCCUACGAAGACCUGAACAACCUGCACUACCUGGACCAGGUCAUUUUGGAGUCGAUGCGUUUGCUCCCUACAGCACCUCGGCUUGAGAGGGGCUGCAAGAAGACUGUUGAGAUCCAGGGAUUCACCAUUCCUGCAGGGACCCUGGUUGGAAUUCCUGUGCUGAAUUUGCACAUGGACCCACGCUACUGGAGUUCCCCUGAGCUGUUCCGACCUGAAAG